AUGAAUGGAUGGCCUCAAAGAAAACAAGAUUUAGACAACAUGAUAAGAACAUAUUUUGAUUUUGCUGAUACUUUGGGACUUAGUAAUGGAGUAAUUUUGAAAGGAGAAAGAAUAGUCAUACCUUUCAGUAUGCGUCAAGAAAUGAAGAAAAACCUGCACACAGCACACAUUGCAUAUGAUGGAAUGAUGAGGAGGGCCCGACAGACGAUAUUCUGGCCAGGCAUGGCUGAUGAAAUAAAGCAGAUGGCAGAGACAUGCACUGCUUGUCAAGAAAGAAAACCUAUGAACCAGAGAGAAACACUUAUACAACAUGAUGAAGGAAAUGUUCCAUGGGAAAAAGUUGGAGCUGACCUGAUGGAAGUGGAUGGAAGACAGUAUCUAAUUACUGUUGAUUAUUACUCUAAUUUUAUUGAGUAUGAUUAUCUUUCAACAACAACAUCACAAGAUGUGAUUAGAAAAUGA